GCGUGUGGUGUCUGUCGUCCUGAAACCCUGCCUGAUUUUGUUCCUUUUCUGUGCAGCUAAACAGCAUCUCUGUCCAUCUCUGUCUAACGUUGUCAUGGAAACCAGGCUGAGUGUGACCGGAGUUCAGGGAGGGAAUCCAGGGGGGCUUCACUCGGCUCCCAGCGCUGUGUUCUGUUGCUGUCCCGUUGUCAGGCAGUGCCUGCUGUCCUACGGCACGUGCUGUGCAAUGCUCUUCCCAUUGCACUUCUAAUUAGAUGUCUGUUCUCCCAAGAUAAGGCCAUAUUUAUUUAAAUUUCUUAAUUAAUAAUUAAGAUCUGCGCUUCAUGCUAACUGGGUUGUGACUGUUUCUCUUCUGUCAUUUGUGUGGAAAGUGCCACACACACUCCAGAACAACAACGGCUUUUGCUUGCAUAUUCCAGUGUUUCUUUUGUCAGCGAGUUCAGCAAAGUUGUAAUUCUUCAAGUGCCAGCCCUGAGCUGAGUGAGGAGCCACCAGCAGAAAUGGUAAAAAUGACAAAAUCAAAAACGUUCCAGGCUUACCUGCCGAACUGUCAUCGAACCUACAGCUGUAUCCACUGCAGAGCCCACCUAGCCAAUCACGAUGAAUUGAUCUCCAAGUCCUUCCAGGGAAGCCAGGGACGAGCCUACCUCUUUAAUUCUGUGGUAAACGUGGGCUGUGGUCCAGCAGAAGAGAGAGUUCUUCUGACAGGUUUACAUGCCGUGGCAGAUAUCUAUUGUGAAAACUGUAAAACCACUCUUGGAUGGAAAUAUGAACAUGCUUUUGAGAGUAGUCAGAAAUACAAAGAAGGAAAAUUCAUCAUUGAGCUUGCCCACAUGAUAAAAGACAAUGGCUGGGAGUGAGCCUUUUUCCUUCUGUUUGGACAAUGCUCUGUGGAACGUGUUUUACAAAGACUAAUGCAAAGUAAAGGAAGAGCUUGGCUUGAGUGGCCCUGAGAGUAUCACUGAACUCUGAAACCUCACAAAUGAGUAGUGUAGUGUAAGUGGCUAUUUCAGGCCAUGUUUGCCUUUUCUCCUUGUGUAAGUUCCCUUUUUUUGUACGUGUAUUAUCGUGUGAACAGUUGUUUUGGAACAUUUUGGAUGACCUUUUUCUAAACUCUCUCAAACUAGAGAAACAGUUCACUAAUUGAAAAUGGAUUUUACUGGUUAGCAUCUGUCUUUGACUUAUGCCUUUAAUGCUACCUUCUGCUGUGCAUGCUCCUUGCCUAAACACCUACACUCCGAUCCUAUAGAAGUUCUAUAUCUGAGAUGUCUGAAAGAAUGUAUGGGAUGGGGUGCAAAUUUCUUAUAUGUAGCAAUUUCUGAUGUAUUUGGCAGAGAAGGGGAUGCAGUAUUGUAGUUACUAAUUUCUUUUUAAAAUUUGAGUGUACCACAACCUGAGUACAUCUUGUAGGUGAGUUGGUUAAAGGUACAGUGCUCAGUUUAAAAAUAUUUCAAUUGCACUGACUGAAAUUAGCAGAUCUUAAGUUGUUAGGAUGAGUAAUGCUAGAGGCUUGGUACCUUAAUGGAAUACCUUAGAAGGAUUUUAAAUCAAUAAUGCUGUAGAACAUGUUCAACUCAGACCAACACAUCCCCUGAGGAGUUUCCAGGAUAGGAAGUUUAUAAAGUGUAGCUUGCAAGAUUUAAAAAAAAAAAAAAAACAAAAAAAAAAAACAGAAAAAUAUAUGCAUCUUCUAUUUUGGGAAAAAAUUAGUUGGUGUAUUAAAAAAAAAAUUGGUACUGUACCUUUGCCAGUAACAGGGACUUGUGCAUUGGUAGAGUUCUAUGGCUGGUUCCAUGUAACUGUGUAGUCCUAAUGCACUGGACAAAGAGGUUGAUAUCAAGGAAACUCGUUGAAGUAUUCUUCUGCUACAUUUGAACAAAAAUAUUUAUUUUUAUGAGAAAUGGUCAGAGCCUAUGAGAUGAAAAUUAGUAUACUGCAUGUAGAAAGAGAUGGUAAUAGGAGGGAAGGGGAGUUUGACUCAUUUUUUCAUAAAAUAAAUUAACAAGGUAGUUUUUAAAAUUUGAGGGCAGGGGGGAAGGGGUUUCUUGGUUUGCUGGCUAAAUCAUCCCCAAGUACAUUUUUAUAAUAAAAAUUUAUAUGAAACUUACCUUCUCUUUUGAUCUCCCACUGUUUCUUAACUGGAAUGAGUUAAUAAGAGAAUCUCCUAGAAGGUGUAUGUAUGAUAGUAGAUGUUGGUGUUUGUGCAUGCACAUUCUCAACUUUUAAAGAAAUGCUCUACGUAAAUUUGCUGACUUUGUUUCAAACUGAGCAGUCUCUGAAGACCGUUUGAAUUUUAAUCCUCUUAAUGCUUGUGGACAACAAGUUUGGGGAAAAAAUCUUCUAACACUACGUGAAGACUAGGCCUGAACAAGACAGAAGCCUUGCAAUACAAAAUCAUUGUCUUUCAAAAACAUUUCUAAUAUGGCUCCUGCACAGUUUAGUCCUAGGUGCCAUGGCUGCUGUUAUGUUUUUGGGAAUCUCUGAUAGGCUUUCUGAAUUCUGCUGCACUUUAGGAAUUUUGUCAUGCAUGAAAAAAUACGCCAGUGGGUAGGGGCAAUACACAUCUUCAAAACCAGCCUUCCAGUCCUUGUGGAGAGGAGUGAGAAGGGAGUUCUCCCAUGCGUAAACAUUCUCUGCAGGCUGGCUAAACUGCAUUCAAGACAUUGUAAUGAUCUACACCUGUGAGUUAACAGUGUAAAAAUUAGAGAAGUAGUUGAAGCUGUGGGGUUUCAGUCCAGAGCCCUGAGGUGGUAUGAUCUACCUGGAUCUCGUGGCUGGCUUGUUGCUACUUCAUGUUCACAAAUAAGGGCAGGCUUCAAAGUCUAACUUUAACAGUGUCUUUGAUGCGAGAUGGACUUUGGUGUUGCCUGUUUCUUGAUGUUUUUGACUUGGAGUUCUUGAGAUUUCUUGAGACUUUUUUCCUCCAUUGUAAUGUACGUUGCCAACAGCAACAAAAGAAGCACUAAAAUUUUUAUCUGCAGAAGUUUGUGUUGGCUUCAAAGUCCAGUUGUAAGGUUAACAGUUGUGAAGGCGCUUGUGUGAAGUUUGUGCAUCUCUGAGCUUCUUGUAUUUCCUGGCUACAGGCUUGUUGAAGUACACUGGACUGAAGACAAAAGAAAUAGCUGCUUUUCAGUAGAGAGUUGAAAUUAGAGAAAGUAUGUAAAGUAUUAAAGAUUUUUCUCUAUAAAAUCGGGGGGUUGGCUCUCUUAGUUAAUCCUGUCUGUAAUACAGUCCGAUUCUUGUUUAGAAAUUCAACCUCUUUCUUCAGUGCAUUAUUUAUAUUUUCAACUGGACAUUUUCACCAAAACCUUAAUUAACUUUGAUGCCAAAGGUUGAGACUUCAUCAAGUGCUUUUAGCACAUAGAGCUUCAGACUACUGGCACAAAGAGUUAAUGAUAUAAAUGUGACUUUUAUGGCUUUUAAGAGAACCAAACAAAGCAAUAUUCUUUUUGGUCUUUUAAGAGUGGACGCUUAGAAGGAGUAGAACUAACACAGAAUUGCUAUUUCAUGCUGCCAUGUAACGGUUGGUUAGAUUCAUUCUAUUGAGAGAAUACGUGAAUUUUUCUUCUUGUGUUGCUUGGGCAAUGUCAGUGAUUAUUUUCUCCCCUGGUAAAGAUGUAGAGUGUUCUUGUUAUUGGUUUUGGUGAAAGUAGGAUCCAGAUAGCAAUGGCUGCUGGCUGAUGUGAAGAGGUCAGUCUGGUCACUGAACCCUCCAGCAGUCAUUUGACAGAAAAAUAAACUUACUUGAAAAAACAUUUUACUAAAGCAUUUCCCCUCUAACCAAUUUUUGUAAUAUAUUGAAGAUUAUAUUUAAAGUUUGUAUGUGUUCGCUCUCAGCAAGUUUACUUCCCCUCCAACUUGAGCACUUUUGUUACUUGUACUGGUUAUUUUUAUUGUUGGUCUUAACAUUUAUUUUGUAUUUUGUUUUUUACAAACUGUAACAAAAAGCUUUUGUGAACCUUUGAUUCUUGCUGGCUCUUUCUUGGACCAAAUGAACUGACUAUGAGCUGGCUUAGAAGAAAUGUUCAUUGGGAUGCAUAGGAAUUUGCUAGCAGAAACGUACAUGUAUUGAAAGCUUUCUUCCUCUGAAA